GCUUGAAGAGUGUCGUCGGAGCGGGACUCUGGAUAACACAGCUGACAGUUGAGAGAGAACUGCGUUAGAUUAGUUAUCUGGUUACUUUCGUUUUGGGGUCAAGUUAUCGAUCGGCCUAUAUAUCCGCAGCCGAUCACUCCCGGGGGGAAGAUUCUUUAUGAACCCGACAAAAAAGACUCUUCCGUGACCAUGCUGAAAUUAUCCGGAGCGACACUUUGCCUUUGUUUGUUGACUCUGUUGGAGUCAACAGUUUUCUUGGGGACUUGUUCACCGGCUAACGUCCAAGGUUUCGAUGAGGAUGCUUUCACCAUCCAGCAUUCGAGCACAAAGGAGUGCCUGGGGAUAAAGGAUUCGGCAAACUUGGGUCUCACCACCUGUAAUCCAGACAGCAAGUCCCAGCUGUGGAAAUGGGGUUCGGGUCACCGGCUCUUCCAUGUAGCCACUUCCUUAUGCAUGGCGUUGGUCAUCCCCAACAAGACGCUGACCCUGAUUGACUGUGGCUCCAACAACCCUCUGUCGUGGCGUUGCCAGGAUGGGGCUGUUUACACUAUUUACCAAAUGGUCCUGGCGGUCAGCGACGGCAAAGUUGCAGCCAAACGGGAAGCUUCUGAUACUUGGCUAAGAGGAGGAUCCCAGGACAACAUCUGCCAGAAGCCAUACCACGUUGUCCACACCACAGAUGGGAACUCUGCCGGCACUCCCUGUGAGUUCCCCUUCAAAUACAACGGCAGCUGGUAUCAUGGUUGCCUCCCAGAUGCAGAUCUCCCUGGACUGUCCUGGUGUGCCACCUCAUCGGACUAUGACCAAGAAAGAAAGAAGGGAUACUGUCUAACACCUGAGGAGGGUUGCCAGACUCUGUUUGCCGGGCCGGAAGGGGAGUCCUGCUACGAAUUUGUUUCCAGUGCCGCCGUGACCUGGCAGGAAGCUUUGGAUUCAUGUCGUAGUCAAGGAGCUGAUCUGCUGAGUGUGUCUGGGCCCGACGAUCUCCACUCCAAAACCUUUUUGGACGGCCUCGACAGAAUGCCUGAGAGGAUGUGGAUCGGCCUGCACCAGUUAGACAUUUCUCAGGGCUGGCAAUGGUCAGAUGGCUCCCCUCUCUCCUUCCUGCGCUGGGAAACAGGAAUGCCAUCCACCUCCAUUAUUACUGAGUCAGACUGUGGAGUUCUGAACUCCAAACACAACUAUGAAUCUGAGUCGUGUGGCAAUCGGCUGCCAUACAUCUGCAAGAAGAGUGUCAAUGCCUCUCGCACCGCAACAACAGAGCCUUUUGUAUAUAAAGAAACAGUGUGUGCAAAUGGUUGGGUCCCAUGGAACGGCUGGUGUUACAAGUUAGUGAAGGACAGACGUCAGAACUUUACAGAUGCCCAGUUUCACUGUAACAACACAGAGGGAGGAGGAGGAGGCUUUCUGGCCAGCCUCCACUCCAUCGACAGCAAAGAGAUGAUCAGCACUAAUUUCCAUGCAGAUGGGAACGUUAGCGAUGUGUGGAUCGGUCUGAUUGGUUCCGGCAUGAACCCCACUGUCUUCAAGUGGAUUGACCAGGCACCUGUCACCUUUACCUACUGGGACCAAAACCAACCAGUCCAGCCCACUCAGGAUACCAGCUGUGUCUUCUACUCUGGAGAGUCUCAUGGUUGGCAGGUUGGAAAGUGCACACUGCUGCUGCCUUUUUUGUGUCAGAAGAAAGGAAAGGUCAAGGAAUUGGUGACACAGCCCGGAUGUGUCCUUUCGGAUGGUUGGAAGAGACACGGCAACUCCUGUUAUCAAGUGAACAUCAAACAAGUACCCUUCAAAGAUCGCUGUAACAUCACUAUAAGAAACAGGUUUGAGCAGGCCUUUAUCAGCCGUCUACUAGGAGAGCAGAUCACCAAGGAGCCUCAGUAUUUUUGGAUAGGGCUGCAGGACAUUAAGAACACAGGGGAAUACCAGUGGGUGAGCCAGGAUGGGUCCCCGGGUGUGGUUACAUACACCAACUGGGGCUGGCAUGAACCAAAACGGGAUGGAGGUUGUGCAGUGAUUUCCACCGCAAAACCCCUGGGCAGUUGGGAAGUGAAGAACUGCACCUUUUUUAAGGCUGGCACCAUUUGUAGAACAGACCUUGGUUCGCUUCCACCCGCAGAACCAGAGCCGAACCCCAGCAUACCCUGUCCUGAUGGAUGGGUGUCCAAACAAAACAUCACAUACUGCUACAAGGUGUUUCAUGAGGAAAGGCUGAGCAGGAAGCGCUCCUGGGAGGAAGCUGAGAGGUUCUGUCAGGACCUGGGAGCUAACCUGCCCAGCUUCACAAAUAUUGGUGAGAUGAGGGCCCUGCACAGCAUCAUGAGAGAAACCAUCAGUGAUAAUCGGUACUUCUGGGUUGGCCUGAACAGGAGAAACCCAGCCGAUCGCUCCUGGCAGUGGAGCAGUGGCCGCCCUGUAUCUAUGGAUGUUCUACACGAAGAUUUCCAUGAGGACGAUGAAUACAGUCGGGACUGCACGGCAUUCAAGACAAUGAAGAGCAGCUUGAAACACCUGUUACUUUUUCUGCACCAUGACUCACCACCCACACCUUUCUUUGCCACACCAUUUCACUGUGAUGCCAGGCUAGAGUGGGUCUGCCAAAUUCCCCGUGGAAAGACACCGAAGAACCCAGCCUGGUACAAUCCCGGUGGGCACCAUGAGACAUCAAUCUUCAUAGAUGGAGCAGAGUUUUGGUUUGUUAAUGAGCCUGAGCUGACUUUUGAAGAGGCAGAGCUCUUUUGCAAUGUGAAUGACAGCAAACUGGCUGCACCACUUAGCUUAACUGCUGCCGGACAGAUCCAGCGGUACCUCAAAGAUAUAUCAAGUUCUCCCAAGCAAAACUGGUGGAUCAAUAUGAGAGAGCCCGGGCGGAUAUUCCCCAUGACGUACACCCAGAUGUACUAUUAUCAUUCAUUUUUCCUGGGCAGAUGCACCUCCAUCAGUCUUGAAAGCUUAUUUCCAGAGUAUGAGCGCAGUUGCCAGCAGCGGUUGCCCUUUGUUUGUGAGAGACACAACAUCACGUCAGUGGAGGUAAACCCUCUGGAGCCUGAUCCCCGUGGUCUGUCCUGUGGAAAUGGCUCUCUGUCCUUCAGAAAUAAGUGCUACACACUGAUGAAGAGCAUGAAGCCUGUGUCAUUCAAUUACGCCAAUGAGGACUGCCAGUCGGUGAGGGGAACCCUGGUCUCUGUAUCAGAUCAGGUGGAGCAAGACUUCAUCACCACCCUUUUGCCGGACAUGAGAAACAUUGAAAGGAUAUGGCUCGGUCUGAAAAUAAGACGUAGUGUUCCAGAGUGGAUGGACCAGUCCCCAAUUAACUACCUCAAUUUUAACCCCCUGCUUCUGGGCAUGCAGAGGGCUAUAAAAGUCAAUACAUUGGAUCCAGACAGUAUGGAUUUCUGUGUGUUUAUGAUCAAUAGCCCCAACUCCGACAUGCUGGGUACCUGGGACUAUUCUUCCUGCACAGAGCCUCAACAUCUGUCGGUUUGCCAGCACUAUGCAGAUAAAGUCGAGGAGCCCCACGUCCCCACAGAGCCCUUUGUAGUCAACAACCACACCAUCCUGCUGCUCGUCAAAAACCUCACCUGGUUUGGGGCCUUAGAGCAGUGCCAGAGUAACGGCAUGUACCUGGCAAGUGUGGCCGAUACCCUUCUGCAAUCCACCCUCACUGUGCAUGUGAGCCGUGCACGCAUGCCCAUGUGGAUCGGCCUCUUUAGCGAAGACGGUGGGACCCACUACCGCUGGACCGACCACAGUCACACCGUAUUCAGUCGUUGGUCUUCUGAUCUCACCAGUGGGUCGUGUGUCUACCUGGACACCGAUGGCUUCUGGAAAGCCACCCAGUGUGAAGAAGAGCUUGGAGGCGCUAUCUGUCACAAACCACACAAAGAGAUCAUCACCACACCAGAGGACGUUGCAGUAAAGUGCCCCCAUAAGAUCAAUGGUCCAAACUGGAUCCCCUUCAAGAACAACUGCUACUCCUUCCAGCUGGUCGCCUCCAGAUGGGAGCAGUUUGACCAAGGACAGAUUCACCAAACCUGCAAAAAACUACAUGCAGAUGCAGACAUCCUUACCAUCCGAAAUCCAGAGGAGAAUGAGUUUGUCAAGCAGCAGCUCGUACCAUUUCAAAACUUGGUCCAGUUUGUGUGGCUGGGGCUGUUCAAAGAUAACAACGAUGACAAGAUGAAGUGGUAUGAUGGCACAAAUGUCCAAUAUUCCAACUGGGCAAGAGGCAGACCCGAUGUAGAAGAACCUUUCAUGGCUGGUCUCACCACUGACGGCAACUGGAUUCUCAUCUCAAACCGAAACGUGUUUGCAGAGUUCAAACAAAAGACUAUUGUGACGUGCAAACUGGACAAUGAACCAAAACAGGAGUACAACCUGUCAUCCAAGGAUUUUCAACGUUACGGCAACUUAUCUUAUGAGGUAGUAACCCAAAAGUUGAAUUGGUACCAGGCUCUGAAAGAGUGCAAUCAGCGUGGAGGCCACCUGGCAAGUGUCCACGACAUCCAGCACAGUGCCCACGUGAGGCUCAUUUCCAAGACGGAUGGCUUCCCGCUCUGGAUUGGCCUGUCAAACCAGGAUGUUAGUGGCUCAGUCUAUGAGUGGUCUGAUGGAACGGAAUUUGACUACAAAGCCAACAUCUCUGACACACAGCAGAGCUCCAGCUCAGAUAAACAAGGGGCCAGCUGUGUUUUUGUAAACCCUGCUGGAGACUGGGUGAGGACCAGCUGCAAUAUGGUGGCAGAAGGUGCCAUCUGCUACACCACCACUAUCACCACCAGUUCCCAGAGAGCCAUACAGCCGGUUGCCCCAGAGACCAAUCACUGCCCUCAGAGCAACGGUAUGGCCAAGUGGGUGCAGCAUGAGAAUCACUGUUACGCUGACAUGAGCUUCUCCAACUACAGUGUGUACAGCAUGGAGCAGGCCAGGGGCGUCUGUCUGAACAUGAAUGCUCAACUGCUGACCAUAAAAACCUCAGAGGAGAACGACUUUGUGUCAAAGUACAUGUAUGAUUCCCCUCUCAUCACCAGUCGUGUUUGGCUUGACGUGGUUCUGGAUACUCAAGGUAAGCCUGUAUCCUGGCAGGAUGGCUCGACUCUGGCUUACUCUAACUGGAAGUCUGAGGACUUUGUUACUGGGAAGAAGUCAGAUCCCCAGUGUGCCGUCAUUAUGGCAGGAGAUAAAGGAAUCUGGAAGCUCGUCAACUGCAAGGACAGCCGCAGUCGUGUUGUCUGCAAAUCGGAAGCAAAGUCUGCAGGCGCCCCCGUUGCACUCGGUUUCUUCAUCGUGGUCCUCAUCGCUCUCCUCUUAACCAUCGGCUUUGUUGUCUAUAAGAAGAAAAGAGCCCACUUCUCUUCUACCGUCCGCUACAAGAGGACCUUUGAUGAAUCAGACACCACCAGUAUUAUAACGGAAGCUGACUGAGCUUGCUUAAGUGGUCAGCCUCAGGGAGUAUUGAUGUGCCUGCCUUGUGUGCAUUUUAGUACUUUUCACCAGGAGCACAAUUGCUCUUACUAAAAAGCCUUCCCCUUUUUUUAAAUUAUUUAUUUAUCCCACUCAAGCCUUCAAACUUUCUAGAAUUAUGUUUUAAACUGUAAAUAUUGUUGGCAAAUUGUGAAUAUUCGCCAAAAUUUGGGCUACUUUAGAUUGUGAGACCUGUGUUAUACCUAAUGUAAAUACUUGGGCUGAUGCUUUGUGGUACAUGUUGAUCAUUGACAUUAGUGGGAUGUUAGAGUUCUGUUUUUGGGUUUUUGAUAUUGUAAAAAGAUGUGAUUUAAAGAAAUAUGCAACCUGAUAUAACACUCCCAUUCAGCCUUAUAACAGGGGUUAAAUUGCACUGAUGUAUUGUGACUUCAAACUAUCAGACACAAAACAUUUAUUGUUUUAUGCUGUAUUUACCAUUAGUCAGUUUAUCAACAUAUUCCAGUUGUAUUUUUCAACUUCAAAAUCCACAUUGUCAUCAAUCAGUACAUUUAAAGGGCCAGUUCAUCUAAAAAUCCAGUCAAACUAGUUUUUCUUUGACUUGGAGUGCUAUAUAUCCAGAUAGUUUCUCCUUCAAACACUCACAAUACUGCCAAGAUCUCACUGUGAAUCAUUUGAGAAGUAGUUUUUACUGAAGUAUGCCCCAUAACUGUCCACAAGCAAAAGGAAGACACUAAAGACUGUAAACGUUUCAAUCAUAUUUUACGAGAAACUUUGCUGUUGAGCUCUUUAAAUUGGCUGUGGGUUGGAUUUGGUUUUGAGCUCCACUUAAUUGGCCUUUUUUAGCUUGCAGCUAAAAUCUCUGUACCCCAGCAAAUCACAUUAAAGUUAUCUGGAUUGAGAGAUCACACUCUGGUGAAGAAAAUACAUUUGUAUUUUUAUUUGGACUGAGCCUUUAAACAAAAAGAAAUGAAUGUCUGACUGUGCCUUUUAACAUCAUGAUUUUGAAAGAGAUGGGAGUUUUUUUUAAGUCACUGGAUUGGGUCAUUUUCAGUGUAUUUACUGAUUCUUUCGACUUAUUAAUACCUAUUAAUAAGUCAAGUUAAUGUGUUUAAGUUGUCAAUAUGUAAAUCAAAGAGGAAAAUCUUAAAUUUUAGUCCUGCUGAUUAGUUUUAAAAGUGUAGGACACUGUCUUAGCCACAAAAAGAAUCAGACACGUCUGUAUUGUUUGUCUGUUUACGUAGAUCAGACUUUCCUAUGCACUUAACUACUGAGCAAGAACGCACUUUAAUACGUUGUGGAGCUACAGUUCCUAUGUUUAAGCACAAUGAGGGUUGAAGAGUUUUUAAAGACGUUCAAAUUGCACUGGUGUUCGUUUUGAAUGCUUUGUAAAUAUGUGAUGUUUUUCUUUUUUAAACUAAGAAUGAACCAAAGAUGCUCUGAGUCGUUUGAAUGUCAAAAAGCCUGAGCUUUCCUUUCAGUUUGUGGAACUGCCUCGGUAUGGCUUGUUAACCCAUUCAUAUCAAGGGUAAACCAAAUGUUAAUGUGUUGUUUUUUUUUAACUUUACCACCGCUCUUAAUGAGAUCUGUCAGCUCAUAUCAGGUACAGUAUCCUUCCAAUAAAAUUUUCUGUCUUCAUUGUGAA